GACUCACUAAACGGCUCAUUUACGCUGUAGAGGGGAAAAUGUGCGUUAGAGUGCGAACCGAGGGAACCCUCUAGUUAGUAAGCAAAGAGUGGGAACAUGGAUGAUGAGGAGGUCGCGGAAAGCUGGGAAGAGGCUGCCGACAGUGGGGAAAUGGAGAGAAGACUAGAGGAAAAGCUUCGAAUCAGUCAGAAAGAGAGACUUUCAAGUGGCAGUUCAAGCCGCUCUUCAAUGAGGCCAGCAAUUGUAAUCCAGGAUGACUCACUCCCUGCCGCACCCCCACCGCAGAUUCGUAUUUUGAAGCGACCCUCCAGUAAUGGUUCCUUGGGUUCAUCUGUGACACAGUCCCGACCCUCCCCGCAAGUAAAAUCCUUAGCACAGCGAGAGGCGGAAUAUGCAGAAGCCAGGAAGAGAAUCCUUGGCAGUGCUACUCCUGAUGAAACACCCCAGGAGAGACCCAAUUCAGACCGAUCCCCACGUGGAAGCAGCCAUACACUUUCAGAGGACAACAGAACAGGAAACCAUGUGGUUCGACAACCAGCAGGUCCAGAUGGUACACAAGGCUUUCACCAGCGCAGAUAGGAAUAGCAGCCUUUCCUGGGAGGAAGGGAGAGGCGAUGAUUGGGCUACUAGAAGAUGAUUGAAAUUCAAAUAUUUUUUAUCAAUAUAUAGAGGAUGUGAGAUAUUUUUCAAAUAAUUGUAAAACUCUCUUAAAUCCAGCAUGGCGUAUGCGCCAGUGUGUGGAAUGUGAAAGGGGGAAAAGAAACGUGACACAGAAGAGCGUAUGGGGAAAGUUUUAUUCCUCACUUUUACACUGUGAUGAGGACUUCGCUUCCGGACACUGCUCACUGUGAUGUCCAGCCCCCAGCCCUCAAAAUAAAAAGAGAAAAUAGGGAAAAACAAAGCAGAAAUGCAGAACAAUUUUCCCUUUCUCACUUAACUCAGCUUAGGCAGCCAGCCUAUCACGCCAUUUAAACAAGCCGUGAAACUCCCUCUGAAAAGACAUUUGAAGAAAACUACAAGUGGUGAAAAAGCAGAGCCGGAUGUGUUAUAACAAACAAGAGGAUGUAAUAAGGCACCAGCUUCUUUCAGCAAUAAUAAUAAUAGAAAUAUCACUCAUUGUUCAGACCUCCCUUCCACACUGUUCCUCCCGAGCAUUUGUAUUGUGUUUUUUUUUUUUUUCUUUGUUUUAAUUUUGGUUAUUACUGGCUUGGUCCGCUAAUUACCAUAUGUUUUUAAACAGGUAGGGAACAGUGAGUGUAUUGUGAAAGUUCUUUAAUGUUUACGGUUAUUGGUUUCCCCUAUGUUAUUUUACUCAUUGGUUUUCCUCUGACUGUCCUGAUUUCUACAGAAAGUAAAAAAGAAUAAAAACAAAAGUAGUACAGAAUUAAAUGAGUGCAGCACAUCACAUUUUAAACCGUUUCUAUGCCUUUAUAUGAGUUGAGAAGAUAGUCAUUCUUUUAAUUAAAAUACAAUGGAAAUGUAUUUCUGUAAAUAUUUGUUGUGCUGGGAAGAACCAAAGGAAUUGAUGCAAGGGGAAUAAAGACUGGCUCCCCUCGCCUCACUUCCUCAACAAAUCUGCAGUCAAAUUUUUUCUUUUUCUAUGCUUUUGUUUUUACUUACAGUUGAAGUCAGAAGUUUACAUACACUUAGGCUGAAGUCAUUACAACUUUUAAUUUAAUAUUAGCAAACUAUAGUUUUGGCAAGUUGUUUCGGAAAUCUUCUUUGCGAAUGAUAGGAGUACUUUUUUCAACAAUUUUCUACAGCCAGAUUGUUUCACAAUCACAAUACUAGUGGGUCAGAACUUUACAUACACUAAGUUAACUGUGCUUUUAAGUAGCCUGUGAAAUUCCAGAAAAUUAUGUCCUGCCUUCAGACAAUUAGCUUCUGAUAGUAGGUGUACUGAAUUGGAGGUGUACCUGUGGAUGUAUUUUAAGGUCUACCUUCAAACACAGUGCCUCUUUGCUUGACAUCAUGGGCAAAUUAAAAGAAAUCAGCCAAGACCUCAGAAAAAAAUUGUGGACCUCCACAAGUCUGAUUCAUUCUUUGGAGAAAUUUUCAAAUGCUUGAAGGUACCAUGUUCAUCUGUACAAACAAUAGUAUGCCAGUAUAUACACCAUGGGACCACACAGCCAUAAUACCGCUCAGGAAGGAGAUGCAUUCUGUCUCCUAGAGAUUAAUGUAUUUUGGUGCGUAAUAGUGCAAAUCAAUCCCAGAACCACAGCAAAGGACCUUGUGAAGAUGCUGGAGGAAUCAGGUAGACAAGUAUCUAUAUCUACAGUAAAAUGAGUCCUAUAUCGACAUAACCUGCAAGGCUGCUCAGCAGCUCAAAAGCCAGACUGCAGUUUACAAAUGCACAUGGGGAUGAAGGGCUUACUUUUUGGAGAAAUGUCUUCUGGUCUAAUGUAACCAAAUGUAACUGUUUGGCCAUAAUGACCAUCAAUAUGUUUGGAGGAAAAAGGGUGAGGCUUGGAAGCCAAAGAAUCCAUGAAGCAUGGGGGUUGCAGCAUUAUGUUGUGGGUUGCUUUACUGCAGGAGGCACUGGUGCACUUCACAAAAUAGAUGGCAUCAAGAAGAAGGAAGAUUAUGUGGAUAUAUUGAAGCAACAUCUCAAGACAUCAGCCAGGAAGUUAAAGCUUGGUCAGAAAUGGGUCUUCCAAAUGGACAAUGAUCCCAAGCAUACCACCACAGUUGUGGCAAAAUGGCCUAAGGACAUCAAAUUAUUGGAGUGGCCAUUACAAAGCCCUGACCUCAGUCCGAUAGAAAAUGUGUGUGCAGAACUGAAAAAGUGUGUUAGAGCAAGGAGGCCUACAAUCCUGACUCUGUUACACCGGUUCAAUCUGGAGUAAUUGCUCAAAAUUAAGCAACUUCAUGUGAGAUGCUUCUGGAAGGCUACCCAAAAAGUUUGACCCAAGUAAAACAAUUUAAAUACAACCAAAUACUAACAAAGUGUAUGCAAACUUCUGACCCACUGGGAAUGUGAUGAAAUAAAUACAAUCUGAAAUAAAUAAUUCUAUAUACUAUUAUUCUGAUAUUUCACAUUCUUAAAAUAAAGUAGUGAUACUAACUGACCUAAGACAUGUAAUAUUUUCUAUGAUUAAAUGUGAGGAAUUGUGAAACACCUUAGCAAAAUACAUGUAAACUUUUGACUUCAACUGUAUGUAAGAACUCAGAUUGUUUUGAGGUAUUAUGAGAGUAUGAAGUUGUUGAAAGGUUUUUAUCUGAAAAUGGUGCAAUGUUAAGCUUCCAUGAAGUAUGGCUUCCAGUUCAUUUGGAAACACCUCUAAAACUAGAUUACAGAAUAUCCUAUAAGAGAUUAUUUAAUGUUUAUUGAAACCUAAGAAAAGUGUGCAUAGCACCAGUGGCGUACACAAGACAACUUUAUUUGGAGUGUUGACCUAGUUGCUCUGGCUAUUGCAAUACAAUGUCGAUAUACGAAGAGCCAUGCUACCAUUCUUGACUGUAACUCCAUGCAUUUUUUUUAAACCCUUCUUUAAACCUUUAUUUCCUGUACUUUCCAGGAAAGAGGUCUCUGAAAUGCUCCUGCAGUUCAUGGACAUGCCCUUUAAUCUUGAAUCAAAUACUUGUCAUUGUUCACCCAUUGUGCUGUAUCAAAUUAGACCAGACGGGUCUACCGUGCCCUGCUUGUGAACAUGGAAAUCUGCCUGUAAAUACUUUUCAAAAUGGCCAUUUAAUAAAGACUUUUUAAAUAAUGUAUGAAUAAUAAUUUUCACA